CCCCCCCACUUCCGCUCCUGCGCGCUGAGGCUCCGGCGGACCGCUGGCGGACGUGGCCGCUGACCGCUAGCGGACAUGGCCGCUUCCCGCUUACCCCCAGCGACGCUAACAUUAAAGCAGUUCAUAAGAAGGCAACAAGUUCUUCUCCUCUACAGAAGGAUUUUGCAAACAAUUCGGCAAGUUCCAAAUGAUUCUGAUCGCAAAUACCUGAAGGAUUGGGCAAGGGAAGAAUUCAAAAGAAACAAAAGUGCCACGGAAGAGGACACAAUCCGGAUGAUGAUUACUCAAGGCAAUAUGCAGCUCAAAGAAUUAGAAAGAACACUUGCUUUAGCAAAAUCUUAACUAUAGCAUUAUUCUGAAGGAUUUUCAAAGUCUCCAUGUGUUUUGUUGCAUUUAGGAUUAAUGAUGGACAGCACAAAGGCCAGUCUUACUAUUUGUAUGUACAGUAUUUGCUGCAUUUUGAAAAUGUUUAUGGAUGUCUCCGCAGUUUUUAAAAGAAGCAAAAACCACUAACAAAU